GCAUUUCCUCCUCCCUCCCGCCUUGCCUCCCUUUGCUGCUGCUGCUGCUCGGGAAGGCCCGCAUCGCCGGCGGCUCCCCCUCCCUGCCUCCCAUGCGGCUGCAGCCCCCCCGACGGCCUCGCCCCGGUGCCAAAAGGAUGCUGGCCGCCUCCCCUCGCGGCAAGAAGGGCGCCGAGGCCAGCUUUUCCCUCCAUGCCUUGGUGUGGCACAACCAGCCCCGCGAGCUGGAGAAGGAGCUCAGCUCCAAGCAGGUGGAUAUCGAACAGCUGGACCCCCGAGGCCGCACCCCUUUACACCUGGCUACCACCCUGGGGCACCUGGAGUGCGCCCGAGUCCUGCUGAGGCACGGGGCUGACACAGCCAAAGAAAAUCGAAGCGGCUGGACAGUGUUGCAGGAAGCUGUGAGCACCCACGACCUGGAGCUCGUUCAACUGGUGCUGCGUUACCGCGACUACCAACGGGCCAUCAAGCGCCUGGCCGGCAUCCCUAUCCUGCUGGAGAGGCUGUGCAAGGCUCAAGAUUUCUAUGUGGAGAUGAAAUGGGAAUUUACUAGCUGGGUCCCCUUGGUCUCCAAGAUCUGCCCCAGCGACACUUACAAGGUGUGGAAGUGCGGGCAGAACCUGCGGGUGGACACGACCUUGCUGGGCUUUGACCACAUGACGUGGCAGCGUGGCAGUCGCAGUUUCAUCUUCAAAGGACAAGACAGCAGUGCAGUUGUGAUGGAAAUUAACCAUGACCGUCGGGUGGUUUACACCGAAACGCUCACUCUCGCUGCCCACGACCAGGAGGGACUCCUGGCCACGGUGCAACCCACAGAAGAGCAAGUGAUGGGCCGCCUCUUGGCUCCCGUCGUCACCACACAGCUGGACAUGCGCAACAUUGCCUUUGAGAGGAACAAGACGGGUAUUUUGGGAUGGAAGAGUGAGAAGACCGAGGUGGUGAACGGGUAUGAGGCUAAGGUGUAUGGGGCUUCCAAUGUGGAACUUAUAACCCGAACGCGAACGGAGCAUCUCUCAGACCAGCACAAAGGCAAAACCAAAGAUGCCGUAGCACUGCGCUGCGGCCUUUCCCCGCGUCUCCUGGCCGUGAUGAAGGGCCACAGGCUCCCUGUCCUGGAGAAAUCUCUAUCGGCUGUGUCUCUUGCAGGCAGUAAAACGCCACUCCAGUCGUUCCUGGGCAUUGCCGAACAACACGUGGGCCCCAACAACGGGGCUCUCAUCACGCAGACGCUGAGCCACGCCAACCCCACCGCCAUCACGCCAGAGGAGUACUUCAACCCCAGUUUCGAGCUGGGGAGCCGCGACAUGGGACGGCCCAUCGAACUCACCACCAAGACGCAGAAGUUCAAAGCCAAGUUGUGGCUGUGCGAAGACCACCCGCUGUCUCUGGCUGAGCAGGUGGCCCCCAUCAUCGACCUGAUGGCCGUCAGCAACGCCCUUUUUGCCAAGCUGAGGGACUUCAUCACGCUGCACCUGCCUCCUGGCUUCCCUGUGAAGAUCGAAAUUCCCAUUUUCCAUAUCCUCAAUGCCCGUAUCACCUUUGGAAACCUCAAUGGUUGCGACGAACCCGUGGUCUCCAUCCGUGGGGCCGGCAGCCCCGGAAGCAAUGCCCCCUCGCCUGGCAGCGACCGCUCUAGUAUAAGCAGUUCCAGCUCUCUCGGUUCCUGCCGGUGCUGCGAGAUGGACCCAUCUCUGUUUGAGGUCCCACGAGGCUACAGCGUUGUUGGGAGCCACCCGGAGCCCUUGCGGGAAGAUGAUGACGAUCUUCUGCAAUUUGCCAUCCAGCAGAGCUUGCUAGAAGCUGGCAGCGAAUAUGACCAGGUUACCAUUUGGGAAGCCCUGACUAACAGCAAACCCGGCACCCUCCCCAUGCCCCAAGAUGGGCGCAGAGUGGACAGGACGCCCCAGCACACCCCGACGCCGACGCCACCCCCCUGCCCCGCCACCCCCCAGCCGCCGCCGCCCUCCUCUGCAGGGAGGGGGCCCAUUCCCAGCUACGCCGAGCAACUCCGCCUGGCCAUGGAGCUGUCCGCCAAGGAGCAAGAGGAGGCGGAGAGGCGCUCGCGCCAGGAAGAGGAAGAGUUUGAGCGGAUCCUCCGCCUCUCGCUCACCGAACAGUAGCGAAGGGGUGACGGGGGGCGAUGGGGGGGGGAAGCCAGCUGCUCUCAUGCACAAGCCCCUGGCCAGCCUCCAGGGGGCGCCAAAGCUCAAUGGACACUGACUUCUCUCUCUCAGCCGUGCAGUGACUGAUCAGCCGCGAUGCCGGGA